AUGCCUGUUCCAAUCUCCAACAUCGGCUCCGGUCCCUACGGCACUGCUGCCAAGUCCGAUGAUGCCAACCGCAAGAUUGAUGCCGAGCAGAUCGAGUCUAUCUUCCAGGAGAUGAGCAAGUCCCAGGAGAAUGUCGCUGCCAGCGCUUCUUCCAGCCGCCGUCCCUCUUGGUUCUCGCGCCAGUAUGUCUUCUCCCGCCAUCCCGGGGGAAUCCUCGAUACUAACGGUGCCCAGACGCAGCAGAAUGAGCAUUCGCCGCGACAGCAAGUCCCCCUCCCCCAAUAA